AUGGUCCUGAAUAGUAUACUUGAGAAUGGCCGGGACAACAUAGUUUACGAAACCGAGCUCGACACAGUAAAGCGCCAGCUUGUGGAAGAUGCUAAGCAGUUGGCCGUCCUCGGCGAAGUCGAUGCCGCACGAGAUCUAAUCAGCCUGUUGUUCACGAAGAGUCCGUCUUCAACUCGUGGAACUGUUCCUCCGCUGGUCUGGGCGUGGAAGGAGACUGCUCAAUGGCCAAACAAAUGUUCGCCGCCUUCGAAUCUGGAGACAACGUACGAAAAGUUGCGAAAGGAGUGGGAGGAGGAUUAUUGGGGAACUGGCUGGGUUGCUGUGUCCUCGGACGACCGCACGUUUGAUGAACGCGGGCUACAAGCAUGUCUAGUACUACCCGAGCGGGCUAUACACGCAGGUUACCUGGAUGAGAGUACCAGAUGGAUGGCCAUGGAGAAAUCUGCCCGUUGGGUGAAAGCACUUGACAUAUCCUUCCGGCUAUCAGAGGUUGCUGGCUCAGAUGAAGGACACAGCCGGACGGAAGAAGAAGCUUCGACAGAGGACGAGUGGGAGGCUAUUCCCGCUGUUGACAAGCGUACUUUGGAGAUCCUGCAGCAGGUCGUUGAUCGAUGGGAUGCGAAUCAGCAGGUGGACUACAUGUGCAUGGCGGAGCGUCUGUGGCCCAUGUACAUCUCUGGUAUGGUUGCGAAGGCCAUGGGCCUUGACAAGCAAGCAUUGAAGUCGAAAGCUGCGAAUAUCAUAAAGGCUUAUGGAACUCGACUGUCUAGCCCCUUCGCGUCGACACAAUUGGCAAACAAAUCGAUCAAGGAGAUUCUGGAGAUCGGAAGCGAGAACACGGUUCGUGGUGCCGGCAAAGAGUCUUGGGAUGAAAUGGACAACCCAUCGCAGACAUUGUUCCACACGCCAGUGAGCGGCGAGAAUAUCGCUGAUCUUGAGAAACGACUUGAAGUCACCUUACCUGAUGAUUUUAAAGAGUUUCUCCAAGUCAGCAACGGCUUCGGGGCGAAUGGAGACGGGACAUUCAACGGAUACUUCACAGAUCCGGAGAUCUACGGGACAGAUGAGGUGCGAUGGAAUAACGAGGAAUACUUUCAGCUGCCAGUCGAUCUUCUGAACAUUCACAGAGAGAUCGAGGCUCUGGCUGGCAUCGAGAGCAAGGGCCACUUCUCUUUCGACACCGCAUUACCGUUGUUUGGGCCAGUCUUGGAAAUCGGUGUGCGAGAUGUUGAGCACCUGUGGCUCGUUCAGCCGACGCUGGUCCGUCAGGCGAGGGAGGCGUACGACAGGAUGUAUGCUCGGACGAACGAGGAGCAGAAGAGGACGCUGGACGAUGCGAUUGUUGCUUUCGCUGGUAGCAGGGACGCCUUUGACAAGUUGGAGUGGUGUUGCGCGAGAUGGUCGUCUGGAGGCGCGGCUGUGAUGACGAGCUAUGCGAGUUUUCGAAGGUAUCUUGAGGUUGUUGUGACGGAUUCGAUGGAAGUGAAGUAG